CCAAUCGGAGGAAAACUAGUGGAACGAGAGAAACAUCAAGGUUGAAGAAAAAGGAGAAAAACCACUCGAAUUCAGCAAUGGCCACUCCUAUGGUGUCAAGGAAAAGGCCAUCGUUCUUGGCUCUUGUCCCUGCAGCACUUUUUGUUUCAUCCUGUUACGCGUCUAGGGACGCUCCAGGUGAUCCAUGGCAUGCAGGCCCGAACGGGAUCGUGAUACAGGACGACCCCAAGUGCGAGGUGAUGGUGCCGUGCAACCGGCUCAAGUGCUACGACUACUGCCUCAGCAUAGGGCUGGAAGACAGGGGGUUCUGCACCUUCAAGCCCGACCUGCAGUUCUACUGUUGUUGCCGCGUCCCAGCCUCCCCCGGCGCCUGA